AUGACGAGCCUUAUAGAUAAAAUUGAGCAUUUGAUUAAAAGGGAGAAAACUACUCCAGAGCGUAAAAGGAAGGAUGAUAAGACCAAAUCCUCGAGUGAAAUUCUUUCGGAGAUUUUCAGUGCUUUCAACGCUGAUCCUCCCAAGAUAGAGGAAACUCCAGCGAAAAAAUCAAAGAAGAGUAAGAAGAAGCACAAAAAGGAGAAGAAAAAACGCGCCCGAAGCAGCAGCAGUAGUGAUUCUGACGAUAGUGAUUAUUCACAUAAGCGGAAAAAACGAAAGAAAAGUAAGUCUAAAAAACAUAAAGAUAGGUCUAGAUCACACUCCUAUACGCCAGCCCGGACACCUGUGAAGGUUAAACCGGACCCUGAUAUUGUUAAACAUGAAAAAGUUAAAUCGGAAAACAUCAAAGUCAAGGUGGAAAAGGUUAAGUCAGAACCCGUUCCUGCCCCGGAGAAAAAAAGGCGUCUAUCUAUUAAGUAUGGCGAAAUUGGUUGGUCUCCGCCCUUGGAGUCAGAUGAGAUUCUUACGCCGACUACACCUACAGAGAUGCCUAAUUUUGACGACUUGCGAUUAAAACUGGACAGUAAGAAAGAGGAUGCUGCUGAAGCUGAAACAAACAAGGGCAAAAUUCAAAUAAAAAACUUAAAAUUCAGUUCUGUUUAUGAGGAAACUGUAAAGAAAGUGGAAGAAGAAGCUAAAAAGAAGGCUAAGAUGUAUGAAGAAGGAGAAUACACAGACUCAUCUAGCAACUCUGGAAAAGGUGGACUAUCCAAAUCGCAGUUCCCAAAAACCUCAGACCCUAGUGGUAUUUUAAAGCAGCAGGCUAAGGAAGAAAUUAAGAUAAUUGAGGAAGAAAGGAAUCACAUAAAGAAAAGCAAGAAUUCAGAAAAGGAAAGCAAACAUUCAGAAAAAGAAAGCAAACAUUCAGAAAAAGAUAGCAAACAUUCAGAGAAAGAUAGCAAACAUUCAGAAAAAGAAAGUAAACAUUCAGAAAAAGAAAGCAAAUCUUCAAAGAGUGAAAGCAGUAAAUCUCACAAAAGAUCUUCAAGCAAAUCCAAAAGGUCAAGAUCUCGUUCUCCUUCAAAACAUCAUCGGUCAAUAUCAAAAUCAAAAAAACGAAGCCGGUCACGACACAGAUCAUCAUCACGGUCGCGAAGGCGGUCGUCGUCUCGGUCGCGACGCAGAUCAAGAUCUAGGAGACGAUCAGCAUCUAGAAGUAGGCACUCAAGACAUUAUUCACCUAGGCAUAGAAGUAGGAGAUCUAGAUCGCCACAAGGCGUAAAACUAGCAGAUAGUGAAAAGAAACGACUUCUAGAAGUAGCAAGAAGGAACGCAAUAAACAUGCUGAAGAACGGGGCAGUGCCAGCCGGAGCAGCCGUGUUGCCACCACAUACUAGGAACCAAGUCAUGGCUGCUAUACAAUCCGGUGGCAAAUCAGUAGAUGAAUUAACAGACUUCUGCAAGCACCUGUCAAAGAAGGAAGCUUUAGGAGAAUUAUCUUCAGUCUCCUCCGGCGAUGAGAAUAUGAGUGAAAAUGAAGACACUAUUGCAUUCCACCAUCCAUUCUUGGUUAAGGAAAAACCGCCUAUUGUUUUGAAUAUUAGGGGUGGCGCUCCUCUGCCCGUGAAAACCACAGGUCCUCUCGCCAUAGUGAAUAAAGAAGAACUACGACUGCAGUUCCCGGUAUCCUCUGGUAGUCAACACAGAGAAAAGGCUUCUGAAUGGGUACCUGUAUCACCUAAGAAAAAUGACAUGCAAGUGGCUAAGCUGAACUCGAAGCCAGCAUCAGUACCGAAGACUACAGAACCCACCUCCGGUUCCACUACUCCCGAACCAAAGCCCGGACCUCUGGCUUUGCCCGCUCCGCCUGUGCCUUCAGCAACUGACCCUGCUUAUUUGAAGAAUUUCACUACUGGAUCUCAACUCACAUCGGUUCCCGCGUUACCAGCGCCUGGACCUCAAGCCUACCCACCUGGAAUUGAUGGACCGAAAAUUGAUUAUGCCGCAAUCGUGUCUGAGAAAAUUGCCAUGAUACGUAAAGAACAGGAAGAGACUGAAGUUUCUUCAACGCGAGGGUUUGGCUGGACAAAGGACUCGAGUCUCGGCCAGUUUACAGGCUCUACGGGAGCGCAGAUUUUGACACCGCGCGAACUCGCUAGCGGCACGCAGGCCUGGGCCAAAAAGGAUCAAUUGACACGAGCGGCACCAGUGGAAGGUGGCAUGGGAAUGCACCUUCUUCAAAAAAUGGGCUGGACUCCUGGCCAGGGAUUAGGUAAAGAAGGAACGGGGACUUUGCAGCCAUUACUUCUGGAAGUUAAAUUGGAUACCAAAGGUCUACAGGCAAAGGAGGAAGCUGUUAGGCAUGGGAAGGGGAGGCGGCCGCGGAAGCGUUCCGGGCGCAGGAAAGUUUUGUAAUGUACGACUUCAUAUGAACCCUGCCACACUGAAACGCGCGGCGGCCGCGCGGCGAGACGGCGCAGUGCGGGGCUGAACGGUUGUAUUACAUUGAGUUCUAUGCAACCGUCCUCACAGAGCGUCAGUGGCGAGGUGCGGUCCGGGAGCGGGACAUUAGCGCGGCUUCAGCGGGCUUGGACGUUGUAUUUUUUUACAACUAUGGAGUGCGCUUUAAAAUGAAUUCGACCGAAAAACUUAUAUCAUUGGUGCAAUCAUACCCCUAUUUAUUUAAUACAAGUGCUCACAUCAAGAAGAAAAAGGAAGAACUUGACAUACGUUUCAAGAAAAUGUAUUGGCUAUUUGGCAAAUGCUCUUCGCUAUCUGUGUGAAAUAAAAUACCUAUGGUAUCCAGCUCUGGGGCUGAUAGUACAACGCUUCCAAAAUAAAAUACUGAGGACAAUAGUGGGUGCUCCUUGGUACAUACGAAAAGAGGAUCUGCAUCGUGAUUUAGAUAUAGAGCCCGUAGAUAAAGUUAUAAAACAGUACGCCGAAGCUCACGAACUUCAUCUUCACGUGAACAUAGAGGCUAUACAGCUACUUGACAAUACAAAUAUAGUGCGUAGACCACAAAGAACUAAACGUUUUGACUUGUUUUAGUGUAGUUAUUUUAUAGUGAAUAAAAUAAAUAUUAGUGCCAGUGUUAACCCUUUAAUACUAUACGGAUCCGUACGGACCCAUGAUGAUGCACAUUUUUGUUUAUACUAAACGCAUCUAAAAGUUACCAUCCCCUCCUACCGUGUAUCUGCCUAAUUCUGUGUCUGCCAAACAGUGACAGGAUAUUGCCGCAUUUUUUUCAGUUUUCUACUUUUUAAUAAACACGGGUCUGUACGGACCCAUAAUAGUAUCAGGAGUGUGUAAUUAUUACUUAAGUAAGUUUUUUCUGUAGGUAAUAACUAAAAACUCAUUGAAUUUAUAUAUUGUUUUGAUUCUGUACUUAUGUCGUUUGAGUUUAUGUCAAAAAUAUUACAUCAAGUUAUUGAGGUUUUGUCUUUUAUUUUUAUCAUAAUUUGUUUCGUUUUGCCAUACCUAACGCGUUCGAAACAAUGCCUGCAAUGUUUUUUUAUGUAAAAAACAUCGCAUUGUUGCUUGUUCCAUAUGUGCCCCAAAUAAUUAAAGCUGUACCAAUCACAAGUCUGGUUUAAUUCUGCCUUCCCCUUUCUAUUAUCGGGGGAUAAGACGUAGGCUGAGAUAUAGGCCGAUAUUCCAACACUACCACAUUUAUAUGGCGAACUAUACAAAAUUUACAAAAUAUACAAAAUUUGCCUUUCACAAGGUUUAAAACUACAGUGAAACAAAAACUUUAUACUAAAGGUUAUUAUACAACUUCUGCGUACUU